ACUGCGCAGACGCACAGUGAAGGGGGCACACUAGAUCCAAUAGAUCACGCAGCAGGGCGUUUCUAAAUACUAAAAACGCUGGUGGAGAGCAGGGGAGGGGACGGAUCUAUAUUAAACAUGGAGGCAAACUGAAUGUCAAAAUAGCUACAUUUUAAAGGAAACACCCGGGCAAGGUUUUAGCAACUGGUGGGACAAGAAGGGACCGGCAGCCUUUGCUCCUGUUGGCGUCAGAUGUUUGGACAGAAAAAAUAACUGUGAUUGAGAUAAGAUCCAUCUUCGCUGUGAGCCUUUAAAACAAAAAUACAACUGUGACUGUUAACCCCACGAGCUCAGAAUGGAGCCGCACAUUUACGCCACAGGCAUGGCCGCCCGGCUGAGGAGCCAGUGGGAUCGGGAUGAAGGUCUGGGACAGAACCACAAAGCGGUGAAGUUUCUUGGUCAGGAUUAUGAGUCUCUGAGAGCCCAGUGUCUCCAGAGCGGGAGGCUGUUUGAGGAUCACCUGUUCCCGUGUGCGGCUUCGUCUCUGGGAUUCAAGGAGCUUGGCCCGAGAUCCUCCAAGACCUACGGAGUCCGCUGGAUGAGGCCCACGGAGCUCUGCAAACGCCCCGAGUUCAUCGUGGAUGGAGCUACUCGCACUGACAUCUGUCAGGGAGCUCUGGGAGACUGCUGGCUACUGGCAGCCAUCGCCUCGCUGACCUUAAACGACAACCUCCUACACAGAGUUGUUCCUCAUGGACAGAGCUUCUCCCAUGGAUAUGCUGGCAUCUUUCAUUUCCAGUUCUGGCAGUUUGGCGAAUGGGUGGAGGUGGUGAUUGACGACCGGCUGCCGGUGAAGGACGGGAAGCUGCUGUUCGUCCACUCGGCAGAGGGAACCGAGUUCUGGAGCGCGCUGAUAGAAAAGGCCUAUGCCAAGUUGAAUGGAUGUUAUGAGGCUCUGUCAGGCGGCAGCACGUCAGAGGGCUUUGAGGACUUUACAGGCGGCGUGACGGAGAUGUACGAGUUGAGGAAAGCCCCGUCUGACCUCUACAGCAUCAUCCACAGGGCCAUAGACAGAGGAUCACUGCUGGGAUGCUCCAUAGAUAUCACUGGUAGAGCAGACAUGGAGGCCGUCACCUUCAAGAAGCUGGUGAAGGGACAUGCCUACUCUGUGACCGGUGUGGAAGAGGUGGUGUACAGAGGUAAUAUGACCAAGCUGGUUCGUGUCAGAAACCCCUGGGGGGAGAUAGAGUGGACCGGAGCCUGGAGCGACAACUCCAGAGAGUGGGAAAAUGUGGACCGGUCUAUCAGAAGUCGGCUACAAAACCGCAGUGAGGACGGUGAAUUCUGGAUGUCGUUCAGCGACUUCUUGCGUGAGUUCAGUCGUCUGGAGAUCUGCAACCUGACGGCCGACACUCUGCAGAACAGCCAGCUUAAGAAAUGGAGCUCCUCGCUCUACCAGGGUGAAUGGAGGAGGGGCAGCACUGCUGGAGGCUGCAGGAACUUCCCAGCAACCUUUUGGCUGAACCCCCAGUUCAAGAUUUUGCUGAAGAACCCAGACACUCCUGGCCAAGCAGAUUGCAGUUUCCUGGUUGCCCUCAUGCAGAAAGACCGCAGGAAGAAACGCCAGGAGGGCAAAGACAUGGAGACGAUCGGCUUUGCCGUCUAUGAGGUUCCAAAUGAGGCUGUAGGCAAGUCAGGGGUCCACCUAAAGCGAGAGUUUUUUCUGACCCACGCCUCCAGCGCCCGCUCAGAGCUCUUCAUCAACCUGAGGGAGGUCAGCUCACGGUUGCGGCUUCCAGCCGGGGAAUACGUCAUCGUGCCCUCCACCUUCGAACCCCACGUUGAGGCUGACUUUGUACUCAGGGUUUUCUCGGAGAAGCCCGCCGACUCCGAGGAGCUUGAUGAUGAUGUUAUAGCGGCGCUUCCACCAGAGACUCAACUAGAUGAGAGCCAGAUUGACUCAGGCUUCAAGAAUCUCUUCAGACAGCUGGCUGGGCCAGACAUGGAGAUCAGUGUCACAGAGCUGCAAACUAUACUGAACAGGAUCAUCAGCAAACACAAAGACCUGAAGACAGACGGCUUCACAAAAGAGGCUUGUCGCAGUAUGAUAAACCUCAUGGAUACGGACGGCAGUGGAAAGCUGGGUCUGGCAGAAUUCCAUGUACUCUGGGAAAAGAUUAAACGAUACCUGACUAUAUUCAGGGAAUUUGACCUGGACAAGUCGGGCACCAUGAGCUCCUAUGAGAUGAGGAUGGCUCUCGAUUCAGCAGGAUUCAAGCUGACAAACCACCUCUUCCAACUGAUCAUCCUGCGCUACACAGAGGCAGACAUGGCUGUCGACUUUGACAACUUUGUCACCUGUCUGGUCAGAUUGGAGACCAUGUUCAAAACCUUCAAGACCAUGGACACAGAUGCAGAUGGUGUCAUAUCCCUUACCUUCUUUCAGUGGAUUACCCUGACCAUGUUUGCCUAGAGGUGAGGGGACUCCUCAGUAACUGUUGCACUCCAGGCCCUGUAUGUGUUGUUUCAGAAGUGCCUUUUCACCUUCAAGUUCUUCCUCUUCUCCAUGCUGCUCACUGCUGAGGCCCUCUGAUGCUAAAAAAAACGACAACUGUAAAUUCCUCUUUACAGUGCCUGUGUAAGAAAAAUGUGCCAAUCCUGUAUUUGUCACCUGUUUUUGCCAAACUAAGGAAGCUCACUCCUUGUAGCCAGGUAGUCAAAUUCAAGGUUAGCACUGAAAAUGUUAGCGCAGAACUACUCUUGGGGCAGAAAUAAUCUCAUUGGUUAAAUUUCAGUCUAUGGAGACAAAAAAAGCCCCAAAGUAGCUGGCUUGGUUGAAAAAAAAAAAAAACCUUAGCCUAGCUGUUGUUCAUGUUUAAAGAAAUGUUAGCCAUACUAGCCUUUAGCUACCAGGCUAUGGAGGAUCAAACCUGACUUAUUAGAAAGUAAAUUAAUAAAUGAAGUGGUCAAAUAAACUGAAGAAAAAAUUAAUAAACACUAAAUUACAUAAUUGCAAAUAGAAAUUGAGGAGGAAAAUAUAUAUAUAUUCCUCAUUAUUUAUUUUUUUAAUUAUCACCUUACAAGAUAUUUUCCUUGAGCAUAAUUUAUCUGUCUAUCAACAAAGUUUAUUUUCUCAGCAUAACUGAUUUUUCCUCAAGCUGACUUAAGUCUGUGCAGGACAAUAUAUUGGUGUACAUGAUUAAUUACAAGAAACUACAAUUCAAUAAUUAUAUGUUUACGGUAAUUUUGAAACCAGCCAUUACAGACAAUUAUAUUUUUUACUUUAAAAUGUCCUGCUCAGCAUAUCUUCUUUUCUCAUCUGAUGGCCUAAAAAUUCAGUUGUAGGUUUAGCUAUAUAAUUUAACCUUUAUCAUGAAAAAAACUAAUUUUUCUUUUUCCAAAAACAUCAAGUUUGGUUCUCCAUAUCCGCUAAGGUAGGCAGCUAAGCUAAAGGUAAGCUAAACUUGUGAAUGUUAUAGUCAAGAUGGAAUUAUUUGUCUUGACCAGAGGACCACCUUUGUUUCUCAAGUUUGCCAGGUAGCUAACUAGUGCUUUAGAGAUGUACUUUUUACAGUCCACACUGUCAGUCUGGCAGGUCUCGACCACCUUUUAAUCAAUUUUAAAUCAGAUUUUAAUGGUGUUUUAUUGGAAAUUAUCAAUCAGUCAUUACACAUUGGCUAUCAUUCAUGAUAAGCACUUGAUUUUAAGGGAUCCCUCUGCAUGUAUUCAUUCAUUGGUGGAGGGAAAAUAGUACUUUUUGACAGGUUUUCAAUUCAAUCAAUUAAUUGAUAUGUGAAAAAUCUCACGUGGCAAAUAGACCAAGAGUUUCUUUGGAGAAUUUGACAAUCUGCAGAUCAACUGUGUCUUUAAGUUUUUUUUUUUAUUUUAAAAUGGGAUGUAUUAUCACAAUCUCAACAUCAGAUGUGAUGGAUAUUGAAACCUGCUGCUCAGCCUACUCUUUUUGACUCUACAACAUUCAGUGCAUAUGAAUGUCGCCAAUAUGUAUCUCUACUCGGCCUUCGUAGCGACGUUGCUGGACUGGCACUUUCUGUUUAUAUCUGGUGCCAAACUUUGCUUUCACCUCAGCAUCAAGGACUUACCGCAGUGGUGCUGCGCUGUAUCAUAGAGAAUGUGUUCUGUUAUAUUUCUUUAAAUCUAAUCCUGGCCAGCUUUAAGACAUGUGUGUUUAUCAUUAUGCAUGGCACUUUUUACAGACUGUUUAAAAUAUGGAAAAAAAAACCCCAAAAACUUUUAUAUCGUGGCUGGAACUGGAUGUUAUAUUGGAUAAAAAAAAGGAUGUGUCAGCCUUGUUUAAUCUCGCCUUUCAAAAGGGAACAAGAACAUGUCAAUAUUUUAGGUGAAGGUAAACAAUUAUGCAAGACAGAAUAGAUGGAAACCUUGUAUGCAUGCGUUGUGAAAUGUGAUAUGUAUGUCUGCCUGCCUGAUUUCUGUUCAACAAGGGGAGCAAGUAUUUUAUUUUAAGAGUUGUAUUCCAUAAUAACAUGUUACUUUUGGGGUGAAAAAAAAAAGACUUAAGGGGCAUCAUUUGAUUUGAGUAUGGAGGGUGUAAAUGAAAAUUUUAUUUUAAUGUAGCAGAGUUGACCUGAAAGUGUUUCAAAUACCAAAACUGUUUCUUCUGCCAAUAACUGUCAUUUUAGGUGUUUUUUUUUUGUAAAUGGGAGAUUCACAUUUUGAAAUUAUGCUUUUUGCGACUGCCAAACAGUUUCCUUUUGUAUGAUACUCGAUGCCAGCGUUCUUGUAUUACGUUUUUGCCAGGUAAUGCUUAUAUAACAUCACCUAAUGUUUACAACAUAUAACAUUCUGGAUCCCUUUGAACCCGUCAGUCAUGCAACACAUUGGUUUACUGUGUAACUUCUCUGUAAAACUCCACUACACCCUUGAAAAUAAAAGCAAGUGAUGUUUUCA